AUGGUACAAAAAUAUCAGUCACCUGUGAGAGUGUACCGUUAUCCAUUUGAACUUGUCAUGGCUGCAUAUGAAAAACGAUUUCCCACAUGUCCCAUGAUUCCCGUUUUUCUUGGAAGUGAUAUUAUAUCAGACUAUAAAAGUGAGGAUGGUGCAAUUGAAAUUAUUGAGAGACGUUGUCGAUUGAAUAUUGAUGCACCAUAUCUUCUGAAAAAGAUUGCUGGUGUUGAUACAGUUAUAUUUUUACAAAAAAAUCAUCUUGAUCGUCGACAACGUACAUUAAAAAUCGAUGCAUGCAAUGAAAGUUUUGCAUCACGUUUAAUUAUCAAAGAAUGUUGUCAUUAUUAUGUUCAUCCUGAAAAUUCUUUAUGGACAUGUUUUGAACAAAGUGCAUUUCUCGAUAUAAAAUCGUUUUUUGGCUUUGAAAUAACUGUGGAAAAAAUUGCUAUGAAACAAUAUUCAUCCAAUUUAAGUAAAGGAAAAGAAGUAAUUGAACAUUAUGUAUCUGAAAUAACAGCACAAUGCAAACAGAAUAUACCACAAUGGCAACCAUCAUUAUCAUCACUUACAUCGAUAACAACAGAAAAUAACAUAAAUUCUCAUAGAGAACUAGAAUCUAAAAAAUCAACAUCACCGACAUUAGAAGCAACUCGAAGACAUCUUUCAUUUGAUUCAACAAAUUUUUUUCCAUCAUCUUCUCCUCCACAUAUGUCAACGAUAGCAACUGCUUCUGAAUAUUCAGCAAACAUUGACUCAUUGACUAAUGAUUUAGAAACAUUUCAGCUUGAAUCAAUAGUUAAUGAAAAGAUUGUAGACAAUAUUGAUGAUGAAUAUAUUCAACGAUAUAUAGGAAUUUUAGAUCCAUAUGAAGAAUCUUGUCUCGUACAGUUAAGAAAUUGGGUAGCUGAAACAUAUAAAGAAAAAAUGCCAAAUGAUUCACAUUUAUUACGUUUUCUUCGUGCUUGUCGAUUUGAUAUUGAAAAAACGCGAGAAUUUAUUUGUCAUAGUUUAGCUUGGAGAAAAAAGAAUGGAAUUGAUAAAUUACUGCUCUAUUAUGAAGUGCCUGAAGUUAUUCAGAAAUAUUUUCCUGGUAGAUUUCUUGAUGCAGAUCGAGAUGGAAGACCGAUUUUUAUCUUGCGUCUUGGCGAAAUGGAUGUUCGAGGUUUAAUGAAAUCAUUGAAAGGAGAAGACGAAUUUAUUAGAUAUACGAUUUAUCUUGUUGAACAAGGUUUACAGAAGUGUAAUGAAAACACAAAAUUAUUUGGAAAACCCAUAAGUUCGAUGUGUCUCAUACUUGACUUUGAGAAUUUCAGUGUAAAACAUUUAUAUCGGCCAGGUUUUCGUCUAUUGAGUCAGAUUAUUGAUGUGAUGGAUUCACAUUAUCCCGAAACACUUGGAAAAUUAAUUUUUACACGCUCACCGAAAUUAUUUCCAGUAUUAUGGACAAUUAUUAAUACAUUUAUCAAAGAACGUACAAAAGAAAAGUUCGUCAUAUUAAAAAUGGAUGAAUUGGUUGGUUACAUUGAUGAAAAUAAUAUCCCCGAUUUUCUUGGAGGUUUAAGUACGAUUCAAUUACCAAACGCUGGUCUCGUUCCUCGUUCUAUGUACGUUAAUGAUGAACCGGAUAAAUUUGAUACUGAAAGUACAUUAUUUGGCGAGAAUGAAUAUGUGGUAACAACGCUCAAGGACGGUGGUUCACAUGAAAUUCAUAUUCCAAUUAAUCAACGUGGAGAAAAGAUCACCUAUGAUUUUGAUAUACUCAAAGGCGAUUGUAUAUUUACAAUUUAUCGUACAUCAUUAUUAAAUGUUGAAAAUUCAUCAUCUACACUAUCGACAAGUGCAAUUCGUAAUAGUAUUAGUACAAUAAUACCGUCAUCAACAAUCGGUGAUAAACCAUUUCAAGAAAAUUCUCCUGAUGUACUAAAAAUUAUGAGUCUUACGUGUCAUGAUGGUGAUACUCAUCAGCAAACAUUUGUCUGUCAACAAAUUGGAAGUUAUAUUUUACAAUGGAAACAAUACAAUCCUAUACAUACGAGUCCAUUUGAUUUUAUAUCUAGUGGACAUAAAACAAAAAUAAUGUUUCAUUAUUCUAAAACAAUGUCUAGACUAUCAUUUAAUGAUACUAUUCUAGAAGCACCACCAUUAUCAUCGCGGACUACGACUAAUGCAGAUGAUGAUAAUCAUUGUAUAUGGUAUGACCAGUGUGGUGAAGAUAUGUAUGGAAAAAUAACGAACUGUUUUUAUAAUGGUACAGCUAAAAAACUAGUAGACGCCGAAGCGUUAGACACAUUCCAGGAAAUAUGUGGAAUGUAUUAUAAUGGAUCUGAAACAUAUACAUGUUGUAGUCCUGAUCAAAUACGGACAAUGAGUAAUCAAUUUGGUUUAGCUGGACAACUUAUUGGCCGUUGUCCAUCAUGUUAUCAUAAUUUUCGUACAUUUUUUUGUUCAAUGUCAUGUAAUCCAGAGCAUAGUCGUUUUUUAACUGUGAAAGCAUAUGGUCAAAGUAGAAUAUAUCCAGAUAAAACGACCGUGGCUCAAAUAUAUUAUACAAUUGCAGAAGAUUUUGUCCAACGUUUUCUCGAUUCAUGCAGGGAUGUUCAAUUUCCUGGUGGCAAUGAACAUUCAUUAAAUAUUUUAUGUGGUGAACCUUAUGAUCAAUGUACAGGCGAAGAUUUUAUGUAUUUUCUUGGUGUUAAAAAUCCUCAAACACCAUUUCCAAUAUAUGUUAAUUUAACAAACGAUACAACAAUAAAUAAUUAUCUUAAUUUUUCAACGUUUCACUGUAGUGAAAAUAUUGUAUCAACAUAUGAAAAUAAAUCAGCGUGUAGUUGUUCGGAUUGUUUAGCCACAUGUAGUCCAUUACCACCCGAUAUACCAAAAAAAGAAAUCAAAAUUUUGAAUAUGGAUGUUUGGACAUUUUGUAGUUUAGUCAUUUUCAUUGUUUUAUUUGUCAUUUUUGUUAUAUCAGCGAUAGUAGUACCAUGUUGUAGAAAUCUAUGUUCUACGAGUGAGGAGCUAACAGAAAGAACAACACUAUUACAUCAUCCUAAGUGUACUCAUCGUUUUCAAUUUUUAAAAAAAAUUCGUUAUCAUACAGAAAAUUUUUUGGAACGAUCAUUUUUCAAACUUGGUUUGUUUUGUGCUCAACAUCCAUUUAUCGUAUUAGCAAUUGGAACUGUUCUAAUUGGAAUAUUAUCUUGUGGAUUAUUUUUGUUCAAAGUAACAACGGAUCCUGUUUUAUUAUGGUCAUCAAAAGAGAGUAUGGCAAGACAGCAAAAAGAUUAUUUCGAUAAACAUUUCAAACCAUUUUAUCGUACAACACAAUUAAUUAUUGUACCAGAUAAUCAAACAUCUUUUACGAGAACUUAUUUCGGUGUUAUCGGAGAAUCCAUAUUUGGUCCAGCAUUAGAACAAAAUUUUCUCUUGCGUGUUCUUGAUUUACAAUCGAAUGUGACUAGUCUUCGUGGAACAAUACCAAAUACGAACAAAACUGUAAAAUUAGAAGAUAUUUGUUUAAAACCAUUAGAACCCGAUAAUCAAAAUUGUACCGUUUUCAGUAUACUACAAUAUUAUCAAAAUUCAAAAGAUAAUCUUCUCUUGCAAACAUUUGAUCCUGAUUUUGGUACUUUCAUGGUAACUGAUUAUACAUCACAUUUUACGCGGUGUACACAAGCACCAACAACAACCAAUGAUGAUCCGUUGGGUUUAUCGUGUUUUGGUGAUUUUGGUGGAACAAUUAUGCCAUUUAUGAUUUUAGGCAACUAUUCAGAUAUAGCGUAUAACAAUGCUACAGCUCUUGUAAUUACAAUCGUUAUUGAAAAUUCAAAUGAUAUUGAAAAAGUUAAACAAGCUGAAGUUUGGGAAGCUGAAUUUUUAUCUUACAUGAAAAAUUUUACAUUACUUCAAACCAAUUUACGUAAAGCUGGAAAAUAUAAUGAACUAGCGAAUUUUACGGUUUACUAUAGUAGUGAACGUUCGAUCCAAGAUGAAUUAAAUCGUCAAAGUCGUUCGGAUAUAUUGACAAUUGCCAUUAGUUAUACAGUUAUGUUUUUGUAUGUUACAUUAACACUUGGUCAUAUACGUUCAUGCCGAACAUUAUUUAUUGAUCUAAAAAUAACCAUUGGUUUUGUGGGCGUUUUAUUUGUACUAUUAUCCGUUGUAUCAUCAAUUGGAUUUUUUUCUUAUAUUGGAAUUCCUGGUACAUUAAUUAUAUUUGAGGUGAUACCAUUUCUUGUGCUAGCCGUUGGUGUUGAUAACAUUUUUAUUAUUGUACAACAUUUUGAACGUCUAUCAUUAACAAAUACAAAGGAUGAUGAGGAAGAAGACAAUGGUGAGAUAGAAGACAUUCGAAAUCGUAAAAGUAAUAUUGAUCUGGUAUCAUAUCAUAUAGCUUUAACAGUAAGCCGUGUUGGUCCAAGUAUAUUACUAACAGCUACAAGUGAAUCAGUUGCAUUUCUUCUUGGUUCAUUAACACCGAUGCCAGCCGUUAGGGUAUUUUCAUUAUACGCAUUUUUAGCUGUAUUUAUCGAUUUUCUAUUACAAAUAACAUGUUUUAUAUCAUUAUUAGCAUUAGAUGCUAAAAGACAAUAUAAAAUGAGAGCAGAUCUUUGCUGUUGUUUACAACAAAAUCCUAAUAAUCAAUUACAAUCAUCAACUACUAAUAAUAGUCAAGGUUUAUUAUAUCAAAUAUUUUCAAAGUUUUGGACACCCAUGGUACUUGGAAAUUAUAUAUUACGUGCUAUUUUAUUUUGUUCAUUCAUAGUACUAACAUGUUUCUCAUUUUCUGUCAUUCAUCGUAUUCCAAUAGGUUUAGAUCAAAAACUAUCCAUGCCAAAAGAUUCUUAUGUAUUAAAUUAUUUUCAUGGUUUAGAAACUUAUUUAAGUGUAGGACCACCUGUUUACUUCGUUGUACAAGAUAAUUAUAUUAAUUAUACAAGUAUUCAGGAACAAAAUUUAUUAUGUGGCUCAGCUGGUUGUUCUCAAUCAUCUUUACUAGUUCAAAUUGGUCAGGCAUUAAGACAACCAAAUAAAACAUAUCUUGCUCAAUCACCAUCUUCAUGGUUAGACGAUUAUUUUGAUUGGUUACAAUCAAGUUCAAAACCACCUUGUUGUCGAAUUAAUAAUGAAACAGGAGAAUUUUGUCCAGCAACAAUGAAUAAUACCGAUUGUAUUAAAUGUCCGAUAACACCUGUCGAUAAUCAACGACCAGAUCCAAAAGAUUUUCAAAAAUAUCUCAGAUAUUUCUUGAUCGAUAAUCCCGGAGAAAAAUGUCCAAAAGGAGGACAUGCUGCUUACAAAGAUGCUGUUCAAAUUUUUGAUGAAAAUACAACAAACUCACGUGUUGGAGGUAGUUAUUUUAUGGGAUUUCAUUCUGUUUUAAAAACAUCACACGAUUUUAUUGAAGCAAUGAAAAGUGCAAAUACUAUUUCCAAUAAUAUAUCGCGUGUAAUAAUGGCAGAAAAACAUAAAAAAUUUUAUGAGACAAAUCAAUUAAAAGAUUAUCCUGUAUUUCCAUACAGUGUGUUCUAUGUAUUUUAUGAACAAUAUUUAGAUAUUUGGCAUAAUCUUUUAUUAAAUUUAUUCUAUUCUAUGUCUGCCGUAUUUCUAGUUACAUGUUUACUACUUGGUUUUGAUUUUCAUACGGCUAUUAUCAUUAUUGUGUGUGUAUAUAUGAUUGUUAUUAAUAUGUUAGGUGUUAUGUACAUAUGGCAUAUUGAAUUGAAUGCUAUUUCAGUUGUCAAUAUUGUUAUGUCGGUAGGUAUUGCUGUUGAAUUUUGUGCACAUAUUGCUCGUUAUUUUGCUGUUACUCAUGGAAUAAAUCGUUUGGAUCGUGCCAGAAAAUCAUUAUCAGAAAUGGGUAGUUCAGUAUUCUCUGGUAUAACUUUGACUAAAAUUGGUGGUGUAGUUGUACUUGCUUUUGCUAAAUCACAAUUAUUUCAAGUAUUCUAUUUUCGAAUGUAUUUUGCAUUGGUCGUCUUGGGUGCAUUACAUGGCCUCAUAUUUUUACCCAUUUUACUCAGUUAUUAUGGACCUUCGAAUGAAGACGAGGAAAAAAUACGCCAACAUUUACCAUCAAUAAUUGUACUACCGAUAACAACCGAUGAUACAGAAGUUAAUAAUACAAAUCUUUCCGAUGAUUUAUUCUCGCCGUCAUCAAGAACUUUUCCACUUCCAAACUGA